ACUUUCUCUCUCUCUUCCUCCCACUACACUGGCAAUGCCUCUCACCCCUCCCUCUGUGUCUCUCUUUCUCCUUCUCUGUUCCCCAUUAGCCGCCACUAUACACCAGGAUUUAGUGUGAGCUCGGCAGAUAGAUAGAUGAGAAAGAGGAGUGGAAGCAUGGAUGGAUAGUUUCCCCCUCCUUUUUCAGCAUUUCUAAAGGAAGAUUGGAGCAAAGGAAAGGAGUUUGACUAGUAGGUGAACAGCUGCAGCUGGACCAUCAUCUUUUACUGGCUUUUGAUGGAGGGAACCCAGUUGUCAUGGAUACCAUCUCCUGCCAGUGUCGUUAAUAAAACAUCAAGUGAAAUGAUAACUGAUCAUUAACCUUUAACUUCAGAGAGGACAGGACAGGAGGCACUCUUAUAUUAUUUACCCAGACAUGUCUUUCCAAUGCCGCAUAACUUUUAGUACCUUCCACAUGCACUAAGACAUGAUGGAUUUCUUCUUCCACCGUCAUUUUGGUCGUCGCCAAAAAAGACAGAAGCACCAAGCUGCAGUGCGUCAGCCUGGUCCUGCUGUUCAGGCCAGUAAAGCCAGGAGGCGCUCCAGUGUUGGUCUGCCCUCUGUGGCAUUAGUACAGUCCAGGCGCUCCUCUGUUGGCUUACCUCCAGUUUGUACUGAUCCAGCGCAGGCGCCCCAGUGCUGGUUUACUGGUGGCCAGUGCACAGAGGCGACAGUCAGUUAAAGAGCUGGGAAGUGAAACAGAAUCUGAUAGAGAAGAUGUAUCUGUCCAGAGAGGGAGAAGAACAUUUAAACCUCAGCACGCCCGACGUACUUCUGGCACACGUCAACGUCCUCCUGAAGUAAAAUCCAUUGAACCUCAUUUACUUGGAUCCUCCAUGUUACUUGCAAGUGUGGUCCAGAUGGGAGGAAGAGUGAAAGAGAAGCAAGAGGAAGAGGAGAAUUUAGAUGUCUCCCUGUGCUCCAGUUCUGAGUCAGAUGGAGAAGAAGGGAGUGAUGAAGAGGUGGAGAACGGAACUGGAGGAAUGGAAGAUGCCAGCUUCAGGCAUCCAGCUCUCACACACUUAACCCAGGCAGUCGUUAUUGAAAACAUCAAACCCCGCCCAUUGCUCCGCCCUCCUCGCUGUCUGAGACGAAACUCCUCCCACCUCCUUCCAGAAGACUCUGUGUUUCAGAGCAGAGCAGCUUAUGGACUUUAUGGUCAGUAUAAUCGACGAAGUUCAAGUCAAGUCCACAGGACUUUAAGUAAACCGAUCCAGACUUCCACGACCAGCCCCAGUCUGGGUCAGCUGGCUUCAGCAGGUGGGAGUUCUGAUUCCGGGGCUGCUGAAACAGAUGUGACCUCCUCUGGGUCUGCACUCCAUAAAAGCUGUUCUUCACCUCUUGGAGGACACGAGGAAACCAUAUUCUACGACCCUUAUCUGGAGACAUGGGAGAACUUCCUGUCGAAAGCGAUAGCCAAGUCUGGUCUGCACCAUCUGCCCUGUCAACCCAGCACAUCAUCUCUGAACAGGACCGACCCAGAGGCAAAUAUCCGCAGUACUGUGGACUGGACUGAGUCGGCUGUGUAUGGAGAUCAUAUCUGGUUUGAGACAAACGCGUCUGGAGACUACUGCUAUGUGGGAGAACAACACUGUAUUGCCAGGGCACUGCAAAAGUCUGUCAGUCGAAGGAAGUGUGCUGCCUGUAAGAUAGUCGCCCACACCAUCUGUAUAGAACAACUUGAGAAGUUCCCCAGCUCUAGAGCCAUUCUCUUGGAGGCCACCCUGCCCCUCAGUGAUUCCAACUUUAGAAUUAAUUUCAGGUGUAAACCGUCUUUCAGAGAAUCAGGCUCUAGGAACAUCCGAGAGCCCAUUGUGGUGCGUCAUCACUGGGUGCAUCGCAGACGACAAGAAGGCAAAUGUAAACAAUGUGGGAAGGGCUUCCAGCAAAAGUUUGCUUUCCACAGCAAAGAGAUAGUUGCCAUCAGCUGCUCCUGGUGCAAACAGGCUUACCACAACAAGGUUUCCUGCUUCAUGCUGCAGCAAAUUGAGGAGGCUUGUCCAAUAGGAGCUCACGCUGCCCUCAUAGUUCCACCCACAUGGAUCAUUCGGGUCCGACGCCAUCAGUCAUCUAUGAAAUCAAGCAAGAAGAAGAAAAGAACAUCGUUCAAGAGGAAAAGCAGCAAGAAAGGAGCAGAGGAAGGACGACAGUGGAAGCCGUUCAUUAUCCGACCCAUCCCCUCACCACUGAUGAAACCACUGCUGGUGUUUGUCAACCCCAAGAGCGGAGGAAACCAGGGAACUAAGAUCCUGCAGUCUUUCAUGUGGUAUCUGAACCCCAGACAGGUGUUUGACCUGAGCCAAGGAGGACCGAAGGAGGGCCUGGAGUUGUAUCGCAAAGUCCACAACCUGAGGAUCCUGGCCUGUGGAGGAGAUGGCACUGUGGGCUGGAUCCUGUCUUGUCUUGAUGAACAGGCGUUAAACCCUCAACCCCCUGUUGCCGUGUUACCACUUGGGACAGGAAAUGACCUCGCCAGGACACUCAACUGGGGAGGGGGCUAUACAGAUGAACCUCUGUCUAAGAUCCUGUCCCAUGUGGAGGAUGGAACUGUUGUCCAGCUGGACAGAUGGAACCUGCAGGUUGAACCAAACCACAGUGCUGUGGCUGAAUUGGAUGAACAACAAACUGAUAAGCUUCCUCUAGAUGUUUUCAACAAUUACUUCAGUCUUGGAUUUGAUGCCCAUGUGACUCUAGAGUUCCACGAAUCAAGAGAGGCCAACCCAGAGAAGUUUAACAGUCGUUUCAGGAAUAAGAUGUUCUACGCUGGGACAGCAUUCUCAGAUUUCCUGAUGGGAAGCUCCAAAGACCUGUCUAAGCACAUCAAAGUGGUGUGUGACGGCACUGAUUUAACAUCAAAGGUUCAGGACUUGAAGCUGCAGUGUCUGGUCUUCCUCAACAUCCCCAGGUACUGUGCAGGCACUACACCCUGGGGAAACCCCAGUGAACAUCAUGACUUUGAACCUCAGCGCCAUGACGAUGGAUACAUCGAGGUCAUUGGAUUCACCAUGACUUCACUGGCUACCCUCCAGGUUGGAGGUCAUGGUGAGAGAUUGAACCAGUGUAGAGAAGUCACCCUCACCACCACUAAACCUCUCCCAGUACAGGUGGAUGGUGAACCUUGCAGACUUGCUCCCUCUGUCAUCCACAUCAGCCUCAGAAACCAGGCCAACAUGGUUCAGAAAACCAAACGACGGACCUCACUCCCACAUCUCAAUAAUCAGCAGCCGGUCCCAGAGAGGCUGAGGAUCAGAGUCAGCAGGAUCAGUAUGACUGACUAUGAAGCUCUGCAUUAUGACAAGGACAAACUACGGCAAGCAUCGAUUCCUCUGGGACUGAUUGUGGUUCCUGGUGACAGUGACUUAGAAACCUGCAGAGAACACAUCCAGCGUUUGCAGGAGGACUUCUGCUCUGUCCAACCCUCCCUGGGCCUACAGGAGGAGGCGGCCAAGCCAAAGAUUCUUUCUUCACAGAGAUUAUCUCCAAAGUGGUGUUUCCUUGACCCUACAACAGCAGAUCGCUUCUACAGGAUAGACAGAGCACAGGAACAUCUCAACUAUGUAUCAGAAAUCUCCCAGGAAGAGAUCUUCAUCCUGGACCCUGAACUGAUCGUCAUGACGACAGUGGGCACCUCCCCUUCAGCUGCUCUUGACCCUGACUCCACUCCAGUUAACAGCAGUUCUUCCCAGAGGCAGCGAGUGAACAGUGACAGCUCUGCAGUGGAAGCUUUAACGCACAACACAACACCUGUGGCCAGCAAACUCAGCAGGGCCGGUUGCAUCCAUCGUUCCAACACCACUGCUGCUGACUUCAGACCAAGACUAAGACAGGAAAAGAGCCAAAAGACGAGUGAAACUGAAAGAGAGAGAGAAAAAGAGAUGUUGAUUGAGUGUGUGAAGAACAAGGACGUGAAGAAGCUGCAGGAGUUGCACCUGAAGGGGGCAGACCUCACAGCACUGGACCAAUCAGACUGCAGUUUGUUGCACCAUGCCGUCAGCACAGGAAGCAAAGAGAUGGUCCGCUACAUUCUUGACAAUGCUCCAAAUGACCUUUUAGAUGUUACAGAAAAACUACACGGGGAGACAGUUCUUCAUCGAGCUGCAUCUCUGUGUCACAGGACCAUCUGUCAUUAUUUGGUAGAGGCAGGCGCCUCACUCAUGAAAACAGACCUACAGGGUGAUACGCCUAAGAACAGAGCAGAGAAGGCUCAUGAUGCAGAACUGGCAGCUUAUCUGGAGAACAGGCAGCAUUACCAGAUGAUACAGAGAGAAGACCAGGAAACAGCUGUUUGAAACUGUUGAACUCUUUCCGAACAGGACCCGGAUGAAGAAGCCGCAGUCUUCCUUCUCAUCAAGAUUAGACUGACAGUAGGUCAUUGAUGCCUGUGCGACAGGAUGAUUGGUACAAGGAUUCCAGUGUCAUUCCUCCAAAGCACAAAAGUGCAGACUGAGACUGAAGACGGGCCAAAUCUCAACACGCAUUUAAUGAUGAUUAUGGCAGUGAUUAGAAUGAUGGAAACAAUAAUGAUAAUGACAGUUACAUUGAGGGCCUUAGCUUAUAUUAAUCAGGGUGAAGAUUAUGAGAUGUUCAUUAAGUCAUUCUGAUUUCAGUAAUAAAAAGUGAAGAAAAUAGAAGCAGCUCUGAUUUUGAAGAGUAAUAUGUGGAAUCAACUUGGAGGCCUUGUUCUUCAAAACCUUUUCAUCUCAAACGAAUUCAAAGGACUCCAUUCUUAAACUAAAUGCGAUCAUCUGCCAUCAAUUAAUGACUGCAUUGGUUUGUGGGGUUGGAUCGUCUCAGUAUUAGGAGGAAAACUUAGUUUGCAGACUCCGAUGUUAAUGUCUUAGUUGAGCCUUACAAGCCUUACAAGGCUAACAAGCCUUACCAAAAUGUAGGAAUUAAAGUUUUUCUUCGGGGUGAGAUUAUGAUUGUGUGCAAGGUGUGCAAAUCUGAAGACGGAUAGAUGAAAGUUGACUGAAUGUCCAAUGAGGAAAAUCUGCAGGUGGAAGAAACUAAUGGAAAGGUCCAAAUCAUUAGCAUUCAUCUUCAGGGGAUCAUAAAUAUCCACAGCAAAUUUCAUGGAAAUUGGACAACUACUUUUUGAAAUAUCGUGUAAUGAGUGCUGAAAUUUUGACAUGAUGGUGUUAACAGGAUCCUGAAUACAUAAGGAUUCAUGAAUAUCAGUAUCAGGUUUCAUGGCUGUCUAGUAGGCGUCAAGAAAUCUUGUUUGGAUCAGUGUUAGAAAGAGCAACAAGGCUACUGACAGUUACCAGCCACCCUGAAUGCUGACACCCCCUAUUUAGUGAAGCUCUCUGAUUAUUUCACUGAGCAUUGAUCCCAUCAUCAGUUACGCUUUGAACCUGCUAUACUUUAUCUUACCUCAUCCAAACAACAUUAUCAAUGUAUCGUACAUACUGUAUUUUUGGUAACCUUGUGUGUUGACUAUAAACAUAUUCUAGAGAUAAUUUAUAUAUUGGGGGUAUUGUUAGAGUAUAGUGAUGUCAAAUUAGAUCCAAUGGAUGUGCAUGUACUUUACAUUAAAAAUAUUUGAUGAAGAUAGUUUUGUUAAAUUCAAGUAAAAUCUAUUAGAAUAUAUUUUGUUGUGCCAAACUUUAGCUUUUUAACAUUCAAAGACAUAGUACACACAAAUCAUUAUAGCACUAAAUAGCAACAAUCCAAAUCAGAUUGAAUGAAUAAUGAAGGCAAAUCAAGCAACCAUGCUCACCUGCUCAGGUAACUCAGGACACCAACUCAACAAUUGUAAUUUACAGCAAGCAGCAAGAGACAAAAAAGAAUGCAACAACAGAAUAAUAAAAAUGCAACAACCUGGAUGCUCUCAGAAUCAUGUUGACGGGGACAUGAAGAACCAAGUUUCUCAUGUUCUGUGUAAAUAUCACCUAGGCUUUGAAAGCACACAAACCAAUCAUCACUCAUGACAGUGGUUUUUAAAUUGUGAGGAUAUUUCAAAGACAACGCCGGCUAAACCUGGAUCUCUACAUUUGAUUUUGUAGUUUUGUCGCAGCUUCUUUAACUCUGGAAAAGUUUUACUGUCUUACUGCUUUUAAUGACAAUCACACAUUUUCUGGAAAUGACAUUUUCUAUAAGAGAUAGAUUUUUCAGGAAUGUCUCUGAUUUACACUGCCACGCAACUAGCAGCCAGUUUUUGAUGCUAUAACUGAUUUCCACAGAUAUAAUAUCUCAUCAAUGAAUUCAAAAAAUCCACUUCAUUCCUAUUGUAUCGUCAUUUAGCAAGCAUUCCCAGCUUUGUGACCAGAAUACACUGAGGUGUGAGCAGGGUAUUUGCACACUGCUUUCAUGAAAAUCAAAUACUGUGCAGCAAGUGAACUAACCUCUGAUCCAUUUUUAUCAUGGUUCAGGAGGAAAAAAAAAGUUUCUGUGCACCAAGACUGAUGAUUUUUGUCCAAACUUUGUACAGUAUAUUAUUACAAUAUAUUCUGACUGAUUCAGUACAGUGGCUGCUGAAUAUUGGCAAAACCAAAAAAGGCUCAAGCUAAGUUCACUGGCUUCUUCUUGUUUCGUUUUGCCUGUGAAUUUUGGCAUUUGAGCUUGAACCGUUUUGGUGUCUGCUUUGCGUUGACAGUAAACUUAUUCAUGUUCUGCAUUGCAGUGACGUACAGUAGGUUAGGUCUUCUUCUUUUUUAUUUACAUCUGUCGCCUAUCUAAUCUUCAUUCUUUCAAGUUCAUGACAUUGUUUUUGGUUAAUACAUUGGUGUGAAAUAAAUAGUUUGAAUUUUCUAUUUUUCUUUUGCCUUUCUAUUUCUGCAUUUGUCAUCAAGUUCUUCAAUAUAUGUAUAAUUUGUUUUUGAGAUCAAUAUGAAGAUAAUAAAAGAAUGCUGUUUAUUUGAGAAUGUA